GCACAAAGUAAUUACCUCUUCUUACUUCAAAGGAUCCACAAGGAGACACUCGUCACGAAUCCUGUCAAUUUAUUCACUGAAAACUACAAGACACAGAAAUGGCAAAGAUUAUUCGCUGCAUUAAGCACAGAGUGAAAGAUGCCCUCAAUUGGGUGAUUAACCUGUUGGGCUUCAACCAACUUGGUACAGAGAGACCUUUCACGACACUGUUCCUGGCGGCAUUUCUUGUCAUUGGCUUUUUGCCGAUGAUGAUCUAUGUGGGGUUCGCAAUUUGCUCCGUUUCCCUGGGCAUUUUCUUAUUGGUUGUUAGCGAAGGGGGGAUCAUCAUCGUGGCAACCAUAGUGUUGUUGGCCUGUCUAAUCAUCCCAGCUUGCAUCGCGGGCGGAGUAUCUGUUUUUGUUUGCGCAAUCUACUUUGCCCUUUCCCAGCUGAGACAACUUGUAGAUACUGCUGUGAACGCUCCACAGAAGCUGUUCUCUUUUGAAAGGUUUGGAGGCGAAGCUCGCAGUGUGAAGGCAAACGAAGAUGACUAGAACCUGCGGUUAAUUGUAAAAACUCUUUUGUGACUCCAGGCAUAUUAUCUCAUUUGUACCGCUUUGAUUUCACAGACGAUUUCUCUGGUAGAGAUCUGUACUAUGGUCGGGGAAUGAUUUCUUCUUUUCCACAGAGGAGAACGUUCUGACUGACUAAGGCAACGGUUUGUUGGAUAGGUUCACUACCAAGCUAACUUUGUUGAUUGAGGAGAUCGACUUUUUUUUGUCUCGUCACUCAAAUUUUUGAUCCUCUUUGUUUGUCAAGAAUUGAUCCGGUUAUCCUCAAUGGAAUGAUAUUUUUUUAUUUAGAAACUUCAAUAUAAUAAAGAUAGAUUUGUUAAUUUCA